GGGGCGCGCACGCGCCGGAGCGCGCGCCCGUGGGCGGGCCCGACUCGCCGCUCGCACGCUCUUGGGCCCGGCCGGGCGCCCGCUCCGCCUUCCGCUUCCGACGCGCGGCCGCUGGAGCCGGUGUAUGUGCGGCAAUAACAUGUCGGCUCCGCUGCCCGCCAUCGUGCCUGCCGCCCGGAAGGCCACCGCCGCGGUGAUCUUCCUUCAUGGAUUGGGAGACACAGGGCAUGGAUGGGCCGAAGCCUUUGCCGGGAUCAGAAGCUCCCACAUCAAAUACAUCUGCCCGCAUGCGCCGGUUAUGCCUGUAACAUUAAAUAUGAACAUGGCCAUGCCAUCAUGGUUUGACAUUAUUGGGCUUUCGCCAGAUUCACUGGAGGAUGAAACUGGAAUUAAACAGGCAGCAGAAAAUGUAAAAGCUUUGAUAGAUCAAGAGGUGAAGAACGGCAUUCCUUCUAACAGAAUUAUUUUGGGAGGAUUUUCUCAGGGAGGAGCUUUAUCUCUGUACACGGCUCUGACCACACAGCAGAAGCUGGCCGGGGUCACCGCUCUCAGCUGCUGGCUGCCACUGCGGGCUUCGUUUCCACAGGGCCCUAUUGGUGGCGUGAACAGAGACAUUUCUAUUCUUCAGUGCCACGGGGACCUGGAUCCUCUAGUCCCCCUGAUGUUUGGUUCUCUCACUGCUGAGAAGCUGAAGACAUUGGUGAAUCCAGCCAAUGUGACCUUCAGAACCUACGCAGGCAUGAUGCACAGUUCAUGUCAACAGGAAAUGAUGGACAUCAAGCAGUUCAUUGAUAAGCUCCUACCUCCCAUUGACUGACACCGCCAAGAGGCCUUGUGUAGAAGUGCACACCAGCAUCGUCCAGUGGAGCACACACUUCUUCCUGUGCCCGACCUUGAAACCUCUAAUGUUUGCAGUGUUAAAACGUUUUGCAAAUAUACACCAAUGACACAGACUAAAUAAAUCUCCUCGUGGGAAAUGUAUGAUCUUUGACAUUUCUCUAUAUGUAUUUGUAUGAUAUGAUCCAGGAUACACUAGUAUUAAAAUAGAUGAAGCAGCCAGCUUCUUUCUCCCAAAUGUAAUUCAGCAAAAUCAUAAAAUACUGCAACCGGACUUUUUUUUACUAGAUCACUUGAAAAUUACUAGUAUGCUUAAUGAAAACUUGUUCAGGUGUAAUUGAGGAUUUAAGACAUAAAGGGUUUAUACGUGCUGUGACUUAGGACUAUGGUCAUAUCCCCAAAUUACAUAGUCACCAUGCAGUAUCCAUAUUUUUAUAUAUGUGUUCUUAUAUACUUAAUGAUUAUAAUAUUAAGAAUGAGGUGUUAUUACAUUAUUCCUUAUAAGAGGGAUAAUGCUUCUAAGUGUCCAUAAAGAGUAAUAUUGCUCUCUAGAAUUAAUGGCCCUUUUAUUUUGGGGACCAGGUUUUUCUUUGCUGAAUAUGAUUUCUGUUCUAUUUAAUAUUCUUUUUUCCUCUCUAGAAAUAUGUUCUUUCUUCUUUUUAUCCUUCAUAACAGACCAAAUAUUGCCUCCUUGCCAUAGACACUUGCGGUCAAUAUAUGCUGUAAUUUGACAUUCUGAAUCACAGAAGAGGUGGAGUAAAAAUGUAUUGAUACUUAUAGAAAGAAACCUGACAUCCCUUCAGAGUUUGUACACUACUUCCUAAACUGGAGUUUAGUCCACAUUUUGGACCUUCAGAGUUACUAGAAUCUUCAGUGCAGGAAAUGAAAAUAAUUCUGUGGUUGUAUUUUCCUGUAAUUAACUGAAAGAAUAGUUAGUUCAUAUUCUAGUAUGUUCUGGAAUAUUUAAAACUGAUCUUAAAAACUGUAAUCUCUAAGAUGAUUUGCUCUAAGGUGAUUCUCCUCAUAGCAUAGAAUUUACUUAUUCUGCACAUAUGUUUGAAACCGACUGCUGUAGGAAAUGAGCAAUCAUUUCAAAAAUUUUGCUUUAUUCUUCUCUGCCAACAGACUCAUUUAAAAUUUUCACUGUAGUCAAAUGAUAUUUUUAAGUUAGCUUUUGUGCAAAUGUAAAAAUAGCAAUUAUCUGAUUUUAAAUAAUCAGAUUUUUCAAACUAUCGGUUAAAAUUACUUGAAAAUAAAUUUAUGGGUAACAAAAGUUAGUCAGAACUCAAUACAUGUGGUGUAGUUACCACACAGUUUAAUACAUACCAAAAAUGUACACUUGAUAGUUCUGAGCUGGUCAUUUUUCUGCUGUAUUCCAGCUGACUAGGACAGUGUUAGGAUGGCAUCUUCGUAAAUGGGUGCUAUUUGAUGAUGGAAGUGACUUGGUAUGGACUACAUAGAGCAUGUGAAUAAUGAAGCCAUAUGUUUAUGUCUGGAUUCACAGUUUUUAAACAAUCAUUUACUAAGUCAUUCUGCUUUACCUUGAAGAAUAUAAACUGUUGUUUCACUGACACAAAUCAGCAAGAUCUAACUUAUGGCAAGAAAUAGUCCAUUGAAAUACUGUGCUGUAACGCGGGAAAACGUAAAUCUUUUUCACGGUUUCUAUCAAUGUGAAAUAAAAUUGAAUUCUGACUUUGC